GUUAAAAUUUACCGAAAUUAAAACGAAUGUUUUAGUUGACUUUAUACAGGGUGAUCUAAAAUUGGCAUCACUCCUCUUAAAAAUUUGGUAACGAGGGAGUGCAGAAAAAAUAAUUUGCUGUAAAAAGUCCACUCACUCACAGUUUAACAUUCAUGAAUUACAAGAAAUUUUUAAUCUGCAUGGGUAGAAACACAAAGUGAGCAAAGUUGCCGAAACAGCGACUUUUAUUAGACACAGAGUUCCUUAAUACGAGUAAGUUCGAGUCCAUCGAAGUAAGAACAUCGGCGCGAAAACUUUAAGUGGUUUUCUAAUCAUGUGGUUAAUACUUGUUUAUAUCAAACUCGGCCCGUUUUUAAUCGCUUAUCGUUCAGCAAUCAGUGUCUUCAGUCGUAGACGCUAAUGCUUUCUUCGACAACUUAACUUCCUCAGAAGGCACAAUUUGCUUGUACUAAAUAACCCACCGUAGGUUCGGGCGUAUUUCAUAUAGCAAUUAUUAUCCAUUUUGUGAUUGCUGUUUUAAGUUCUGAAAAGCGCAAUUUAAAAACUAACCUCAAAUACGCUUUAAAAAAGCAUUUUUCGUCAAACAACUAUCGAAAGCGAAGGUUCAAAAAAAUGUUCGCAAUGUUUAGCUACAUUAUUAGUUUGCCCAAUCUCCGGCAACCCAUCAAGAUGAAUUAAGCCGAUUCUGAAUCACUCUGUACAUGCACGUGUAUUGUGGCUGCUAAUCGGGCAGAUAAUAGAAAGAUCACCCGAUGGUAUUUUAGCUCUCCGAAAGUUGGGCAAAAAGUUUUAUUUUAUCACCAACAAUUCCUUGACGCCCAUGGAUUUGUAUUUGCAGAAAAUGAAAGAUUUUGAAAUUGCCAAGGAAGAAGUGAUAAGACCUGUAGUUGCCCUGACUUGGUACUUGAAGCAAUUAAACUUUGACCAAGAAAUUUAUGUAGCGGGCUCAACUACCAUCAAAAAAGAAUUAUCCGAUGCCGGAUUCAAAGUAGCUUAUGACGAGGUUUCUCCUGUAUGUGAAGGAAAUGUGCCCAAUCUUUUAAAACUAUUAUCCGACUUACGGCCCGAUGUUAAGGCGGUUUAUAUAGAUUUUGGAUUUAAUAUCGACUUUAUGAUCCUGCAAAAGUGUAUUGCUUACAUCAUGAAAAACCAGGCCCUUUUUAUAGUGGGAAUGUUGGAUCCUGUUGUGUUUUUUAGCGAAUUUCAUUUAAUAGGCGCCAAAAAAUUCGCUAAAAUAAUCGAAGAAAUCACAGGGGUAGAGCCUAAACUGAUGUCAAAAGGUGGCAAAGAGUUUGCACAAGUUCUAAAGGACAAUUUGGGGCCGUUUGAUGCAAAACGCACGUUAUUCAUCGGCGACUCUUGUGUAACAGAUAUGCCAUUUGCAACCGAAAAUGGAUUUCAAAAACUGAUGCCACUGACUGGAUUGACGCGAGAAGAAGACCUGAAGAACUGGAAAUUCGACGAACGAAUUAAGCCAGAUUAUGUGGUUGAUAAUGUUGGCGAUCUGAGCACAAUUAUUGCGAAUUUAGAUCUAAACAAACUAUAACACAACGUUUAAGUGGUGUAGGAAAUGGCAUCAAAAAGUAUUUUCCACAUUUUUAAUAAGGACCGAGUGACUUAAAAAUACAGCAAGCAUUUCUGUCUAACGUUUCGCUUGCAUCUGCAGCAGACAAUUUCAUAAGCGGUUGUAAGGUGGCCGCAUUACGCAAUAAAUUCUAUAAACUUUCCGCUGCAGACAUUUUUUUGUUGGUUUGAACAACGUUUCUAUUUAGGUCCUUUGGAGCAGUUUUCAUUAUAAAAUAUGGAACUAAUAAUUACUAUUUUAUUUCAAAUUUCUUUCUUUCAAAGAUCUAUUGCAAUUAAUAAAGUGAAGUUGUUGGAAUUAA